UGAAUCAUCAUCCAUUUUGAAGCUAACUUGUUGGUAUUCGCUAUUGGAUUAGCACUGAUUUCUUGACAUAUUUGUGGAUCGAUUCCGACCUAAUUUUCAGAAAAAUGGGUGGUUGUGCUGCACCAAAUUGUUCGAAUCAGUCUAAAAAUAACUUUAGGAUGUUUCGUUUCCCUAGAAAUGAAGAAAGACGAAGAAAAUGGAUAGUUAAUUCUCGUCGAGAUCAAUGGAUCCCGGGCCCAGGAGCGUAUCUUUGUGAGGUACAUUUUGAAGAAAAUCAAUUUGAAUGCUCUAGGCAAGAUGGGCGUAAAAAACUCAAGCCCAAUGCUGUGCCAACUCUUUUCAAUGUGCCUAAUCCCCCACAACUGUUGACCCCACAGCGUCUAAAAGGCAUUGGUUUACCAAAGCACCGUUCAGUUACAUCCAAUUUUUGUAAUGGUGGCUUGCUGCACAGUUUACCUUUAUCAACUGAAGCGAUUUCUGUUGCUGAACCAUCUGUUGUUCAUUUGCCACAACCUUCAGCUUCAUAUUUUGGAGAAAUAAAUUUUGCUGCCGAAGUAUCUGAUGUUUGUUUGCAAGAACAAGCUUCAACUUCAUCUUGUGAUAAAAUGCCAUCUAUUUGUGAAGGAUCUCAUGUUUGUUUGCAAGAACAGCCUUUAGCCUCAUUUUGCAAUGAAAUACCAUCUAUUUGUGAAGGCUCUGAUGAUGUUCUUUUAAGGAAUUUUAUAAAACAGCAGACUGAAUUGAUCUCGCUUCUGCAAUGCCAGAACAAAAUAUUACUGAAAGAACUUACAGCAACCAAAAAAAAAAAAAAAAAAAAAAAUGAAAUUAAUGUUUUAAAAAAAUGGCAUAGCACUGAAAUUCAACUUCAUGACCUUCAAGUACAGCAUGAGGAAUUGCUGAAAGGAGUGAAAACAUUUCUUUCAGAUGAACAAAUAGCAAUGUUGAAAAUUCCUCGUAGAAGCAUUGCAAAAUGGUCUAACGAGGGAAUAAUAAAAGGCCUCAAAGUUAGAUUUGCCUUGGGCAAGCAUGGUUAUAAUUACUUGCACAGAAUAGGUUUUCCUGUGCCUUCAUACAGCACUUUAAAUAAAAGACUUCAAGGUCUUGAAAUGAAUUUUGGAGUCAUCAGUGAGAUGAUUGAACCUUUGAAAAUUAAAGAGAGAAAAAAUGAAUGCUAG